AUGAAGGAACCCACUUGCAUAUAUAUGGACUUUGACAUCACUGGAACUUCAAGCUUGUUGUUUUGCAUUGGCGGACCUUAUGGUCAUGGAAGACAAUUGCGGGAACGUGCUAAUAUAUCAAUUAAGUUGUCAUCUUUGGUCUUAAACCAUCAGGUUGCAUUAGUUGUACUCAUGGAGCAACUUUACAGCUUUUGCUCUUAA